UCAAAAGAGGGGCACUGGCGCAUGCAGCCGCAGCGGUGAUCGAACACGAUCUCAACCCUCGACUGCGGGCUCAGUUGGGGAAACACGCAGACCCCCCAGAGCCGCCACGCAGCACAGCUCGCUACAUAGGGCCGUGGGUCGCUUUGGCCAACAAAUCCGCACACCUGACGGCAUAUAUGUAAACGAGGUCAGCAAAUGGGCUCUGACUCCAUGGGCCUAUCCGGAUAGGGAGAAGGAUGAGGUACAACUUUUUCAGGGGCAUAGCAUUUUGCGACGUACCCAUCGCACGCGGGUGACCGAUAAGAACGAUGAAAGCAAGUUACCGUUACAACAGGUAGAUGUAGAUACUCUCUCACUGCGCUGGGUCUGGAGCCGACUCAAUUCUAAGGCUCUGGAACGGUUUAACGCAGUGUGGGACUUGGCGCAACAGCCAGCUAUUUUCAGGACAGGGGAACGAGGGCCUCUCUUGAGAAUGGCAGGAGGGGGCGCCCAGGUUAUGAAGAGGGCUGGUAUUAUUCAAACCGCACCAAAGCUACCCACUACCGGGUGGGUGGUGCCUUUUACGGUAGUGGAGGAAAAACAGUCGGGGCUGUGCCGCCUUUUCAUAGCAUGGCCCAAAGGCAAAAAAAAAAAUGAACAAGAGGACAAGGAGGCUAUGGAUCCUCUGGGGCAUUUUUUUGCCAGUACCUGGGUGCGGUUUAUGAUGGGACGGCUGUCAUUUUUGAUCUAA